UCGGGAAAAACGCUUUCUCAGGACUGGGGGCAGUUUGUAGCCUCCUGCUGCUUGCUGUGUUCUCCCAGUCUCCUGCUUGUCUACCCUGUAUUUCCAUGUCACCAGGCUAUUUCUGAAAGGAGAUGCAGUGCAUGUGCUGAGUGACAUGGCAGUAAGCGGAAGGAGUUAAAUGACUAAAUUGUGGUAAAUAUAGAAAACCAUCAAUAAAAGAAGUUCAGUUAUUCUUCUUGUAGGUCAUGGAUUAUUUAGAAAAGAAGCAUGUUUGGUUUUGCAGUAAAAUAGCUUUAAAUGAGCACUGCUGUCCCAUUAUAUUACAAGAGGAAUUUAAUUAAUUAAUCUUACUCAUAAUAAGAACAGAAUGCAAUGGUUUCAAAUGAAGAUUUAUCACAGACCUUUUUUGGAGAAUGGGAGCAUACAAUUUUAAAGCUGUGCUCACAAAUGAAAGACAAGUCUAAAAUAUUUCACAUUCUAAGACCAUCGAGUAUGAAAUCUAUGCAUGGCAAGGUUUACCAAUCUGAUCACAGCCAGAACAUAUUUUAUUCACCAACAAUUGUCAGUCGCAGCAAAGUCCACCAUCCACACUGACCUUUGGUUUUGACUGCAGAUGGAUGAGAGUGUUGAUCUGCCAAACUGCAUCAUGGAUGAGAGUCUGGACUGCAGAUUCAGCAAUCUUAACUGGGAGCAGGUUCAGAGUUUGGAUCAAGUCUUAACGGAAGUGAUACCUAUUCACGGAAGAGGCAACUUCCCUACACUGGAAAUAAAGCCAAAAGACAUCAUUCAUAUUGUGAAAGAUCGGCUGGAAGAGAAUGGGAUUAUGGUCCAUGACAUUCGUCUCAAUGGCUCAACAGCAAGUCACAUUCUUGCAAAGCAAAAUGGAACAAGCUACAAAGACCUUGACAUUAUCUUUAGAGUAGAGUUGCCUGGAGAGGAAGAGUUCCAGGUGGUAAAGGGAGUGGUAUUGGAUUGUCUUCUGGACUUUCUACCACAGGGUGUCAAUAAGGAAAAGAUCACAGGGCUUACUUUGAAAGAAGCCUAUGUUCAGAAAAUGGUUAAAGUUUCCAAUGAUUAUGAUCGGUGGAGUCUCAUCUCCUUGUCAAAUAACAGUGGAAAAAAUGUUGAGUUAAAGUUUGUUAAUUCGUUACGGCGGCAGUUUGAAUUUAGUGUGGACUCUUUCCAAAUAAUUCUGGACUCAUUGUUACCUCUUUUCUGUUGUCGAGAGAAUGUAAUGUCAGAGGAGUCCCAUCCAACUGUCAUAGCAGAGAGUAUGUAUGGAAAUUUUGAGGAGGCAAUGGAUCACCUGCGAUACAAACUGAUUGCCACAAGAAACCCCGAAGAGAUUCGAGGUGGUGGCUUGCUUAAAUACAGCAAUCUCUUGGUUCGAGAAUUUAAACCAGCAUCUGAUACAGAAAUCAAAGGCUUAGAACGCUACAUGUGUUCGAGGUUUUUUAUUGACUUCCCAGAUGUAUCUGAGCAGCAAAGGAAGAUUGAAUCCUACCUACGAAAUCAUUUCAUUGGUGAAGAGAAAAGCAAGUAUGAUUACCUGAUGAUACUGCGCCAAGUUGUGAAUGAAAGCACAGUCUGUUUGAUGGGACACGAGAGAAGGCAGACAUUGAACAUGAUCACCCUGUUGGCUCUGAGAGUACUAGGGGAACAGAAUAUCAUUCCAAAUGCUGCCAAUGUCACCUGCUACUAUCAACCUGCCCCUUACGUCAGUGACCGAAGUUUUAGCAAUUACUACAUUUCGCACGGACAGCCGCACCUUGUGUAUCAGCCCUAUCCACUGCACAUUAAUAUGCAGACUGGUUUGGUUUAGUGUUACAGUGAAUGCAAAUGCUUGACUUUGAACAAGACCCAAGUUUUCAGGUCCCCAGAUAUCUGAAGUAAGAGGACGAUUGUAAACUGCUGGUUGCCAAUGAGAGAUAUGCCAAUUGUUGGGCAACCAAUGUUGAAACUGACCUGCAAAUAGAUGACCAAACAGUAGGUGCCACUUACAACGAUAUGUGCUUAAUCAGUGAAGAAUGGUUGAUCAACUGACUAAGCACAGAUGCAUGGAGUAUAAUAUAGGGAUAUUUUCUAAAGGUAAAUGUUGAACCAAUACCAUUUAGAAAGACAUAUUAGUAGGUGAAGUUAGCUAAUGGGAUUGAUAGUCCUGCAUACCCCUGCUUUGGUGAUUGUAGUUAGGACUAGAUGGGAAAACUAUUCAAAGAUCAGAAACAAUGAUUGCAUUGAAAAUACCCACUUUGAACUUGAAUUGUUUUGGUUACAUGAGAGUCAAGUACGUGUAGAAAACAUUUCUUCAAUGUGAAAUAAUCUUGUGACAAAGGAAAACUUUAUUGACCAAAGAUUGUUUGUAAAUACUGCAUCACACAAGUGCCUAAGCUAUAUAGAUAGGUCAUUAAAGCAUGUAAUAAUUCUUUCAAGAUGUGCCAUUUAGUUAUCAUUUGGUUUGGGAUUGGAGAUAUUGCAUUUAAUUUAAGUAGCAGCUCAUAUUACACCCUAGCAUCUUUAUGGCAUAAAAGAACCAUUUAGCCAAUCAUGUCAUUGCCAGCAACAUAAUUUCUAAGGUGACUUCAUGUUAUUGUGGCUGGGUGUCCCCUGUAUCAUUUACAGACAUGGGGUCCUUGAGAUUUCUGUUCCAGCCUUCAGAAACUAAUUCUUCAACUUCAGGUAAUUGAAUUUGAGCAGCCAACUGCAAGAGAAGUUAAUUGAUUUUUUUUCCAAGAACUGACACGUACACCACCACUCUAUUCCACACAGUGCCAAUAAAACUGAAUGCGAGAAAAGUCAAAUGUAGGGCCAUUCACUUACACAUACCUGGAAAUUCAAAGUGUCAAAAAUAUACAUCACUCCAAAUGCAAACAACUGAUAUUGCAGUGUGAUCAUGCAAAUGGCAUUUUAAUAGCAUAAUGAUCUUAUUAAAUGUUAUAAAUCUAAUUUUAAUAUCAAUCAGCCAUUUUUCUCUUGAGCAACAUUUAUUUUUCCCCAAAUUGUUUAGCACCUUUGUUAGGAGAAUAUCAAUGUUGUGGGAAGUCAGAAUACGAUAUUAAUGUUUGAGAAACAUCAAUCAAUAACGCAUUUAAUAGGGCUUUCUUCAGCUAAAAAGUUAAAAACAGUUGUUUAUUAACAAAACUGUGGAUAAGACUCCCUUAAUUGCUGUAAUUAUCUCUAUGUAAAAAAAAGACAACAACAAUCCAGAAAAUGUAAUUUAAUAGAGAAGACAACAGAAUUGAGAAAAUGAAUUAGAUUAGAUUCCUUACAGUGUGGAAACAGGCCCUUCAGCCCAACAAGUCCACACCGACCCUCCGAAGA